GGCCAGCUGUGCGAGCGGCUGGACCAGCAGCAGCAACAGCAGCGAGGACUCAAGCGCGGGCGGCUGCAGCAGCCGCGGCAGCAGUGACACCAUGGAUCUGUCCUUUAUGGCCGCGCAGCUGCCCAUGAUGGGUGGAGCCUUCAUGGACUCGCCCAAUGAGGAUUUCAGCACCGAGUACUCCCUCUUUAACUCCUCCACCAACGUCCACACGGCCUCCAACGGCCAGGGCCAGCCCGAGGAGCCCCCGCGGUCCUCCAACGACGCCGUCUUGCUCUGGAUCGCCAUCAUAGCGACGCUGGGCAACAUUGUGGUGGUGGGUGUGGUGUACGCCUUCACCUUCUGAGCGACGGUCUCCAGGAGCUCAGGACGGCCAGCGUGGGGCUCACGGCGGAUGAGGCUUGGUUUGCAUGGGGCGCCGUCGCUGUUGGUCUUUGGCUGCGCCCACGUUCUAGAAACAGGACUUCGGAGGAGCACACGGCCUCUCCAGGGACAGCGAGCACGCGUCUGGAACUUCCCCAAGCAGCCCUGACUUCAACUAUCCCAUGCUGUGGUCAAGCGGAUCCAGAAAACGUGGAGGCGUGAGUUUCCAGCCCCCGGAGGCCUGGCGGGGCAAGGCCUUGGAGAAGCAGAUGGGGCAAUUCUUGAAACUGCUUUCCAAGAAUAAGAGAAAGACCCAAGGGAAUGAGUGAGGUUCAAGAUACAGACGCGGCUGGGUGAUCGCCUGCUGGCAGUAAAUAAUCACUCACUGUGUCUUGUUUUCAUGCAGACAUACCUUGUACGGAGUGUUGGGUGCCCCUCAGAACCUGAUGUUCCCAUCCCGAUCUCAUUCAGCCCCUUGGAAUAUAGGACUAUAGGACAUUCCUCGUUUGAACUGGAAAUAGCACCUUUGUCACCAGACACCUGGCCCCUUAGGAGACCCCAAAGCAUCAGGAAACCCAAGAAUGAGAAGAUUACUGGUGACAUGGCAGGAUUUCUGGGAUAGUGUGUGUGUGUGGAGGGGGGUUGGGGUGGGUGUUAUCUGCUGGAUGGACUUUCUCUUCUUUUUAAAAAGAGGAGAAGGCGCCUUUAAAAAUUAGCUCUGCCAGGCAGUUGACUCUUCAGGUCACUCACAUGAAAGAUGCUCUUUGUUGUCUGAGCAAUCAUGGAAUUUUAGCGAUGAAUACGGCUCGUGUCCACUUAAUCAUCUGAUGGACGGGCAGGAGAGGAGGCUGGUUGGCCUGUGCUCACCAGGCAUGUUAAUGAAGGGACCGGAUCAGAAGGGACGUUUCCUGACUCAGCUCAGGGCUCUCUCUCAGCCCUCUUUCUAGAAGAUUCCUGCCUUCUCAGCUGCCUUCAGGGAGAGUAAUCAGAGGGUCCUGAGCUGUGUGCCAGGUGGACAGGGCAUUCAGAUACCUACAUUUUAAACUCGGCGUGGCUACCAUGCACUCUCUUUCUUGCAGGUGUGAAUGAGCUCUGUCCCAGUCAGUUUCCUUACAUUCUUAGGGGGCCUGGCAAACAAGGGAGCCCCCACUUAAAGACCAGAGCAGACAGGACAUGCUGGGGGAACAAUAUGAGAAAGGGCUCACUUUUCUUCAGACCUUAGGAAAAGCUAUUGCACAGGAACCCCCUUCCAGAGGCAGCCUGCCUGUGUGACAAGACUGGGUGGAAGAGGACUCACUUGCCUACAGGCGGGGUGUCGGGGGGUGCCUCUCCCCUUGCUUUCUCCCUGCGCCAUACAAAAGAAAAUAUAUGGCACAAAGUCCCUCUCUGUGGUUGAGAAACUUGCAAGACUGGUUAAAAAGCUCUUGCGCAUGUUUGGGAGCAAUUGCAAAAAGACUGAAUUUGGCACUGUGGUCUCAGGAGAAAUGUGUUCUUGGUGACAGGCACAGGGACAUCUUAAUUGUCCAGGGCCAGCCAGUCGCCUCUGGGAGGCUGGCACUGAGCUGCUGUGAUAACAGGAUUACUAGCCUGACCUCCAGACAGCGCCAGCAGAGGGCCUUCAGCUCUUAUUGGUCACAUCUGUCACUGCAGCCACGCAGCCACAAAUGCUUCAGCUCAAGUGGAGGUCAGGAGCGCGGAGAGCUGGUGUGGUAUUGCAGAGAGGGAGAAGGGAUGUGGGGCCUUCUUCCUGGAUUGCUUCUGAAAUCCCCAAUGGCCCUGCUCUCUGCAGGACCCGCCUGACGGCUGGGCUGGCUAGUCAGCUGUUGUGUGGCCAUCAUCCCAGCAGACUCCUCUCUGUCAAGUCCCCAGGUCGGCCCCAUGAGCAAGGUCUUUCUUAGAGAGCUGACGGGGGAGGUCAGAGCCAGGGUUGGGGAGACACGGCGAUGCUCGGGGACUUCAUAGGGGUCACUCAGCCCAAACACUCUGAUUUUUCCCUUCUGACCUUACAUCCCUGGGGGAGUCUGCAGCCCUGUAAGAGGCAGAUGGCAUCUCCCCAUUCUCCAAAUGGCCUGUGGAGACAGGGUUUUCUAUAUUUGCUGUGAUGGGGGGAGGAGAGAAACGAUGGCUUCUCGCUCUAAGAGCACCCCAGCUUCCCGGGGCAGCCCUGGGGCCUGGUGUUCACUGGGGACUUCUGGACACAGCCAUCUCCCCCAUGAAAGGUUUUUUAUUUUUUUUCCCCUCACCUAAAUGUCAGUUAAAUUUAACUUUGAAGUCUUUCUAUUCGGUGUCAGGGCCGUGGACGGUCAGGAGCUGUAGGGACCAUCUUGUCCAAACUUUGCAUUAUACACAUUGCAGUGACUUGCUCAGGGUCAUUCCAUCUCAACCUCCUGUGGUUUCAUUAUCCAUCAUUGCUCCAAUACACAGAUAAGGAUCCAGAAGCUCAGAGAAGUGGAGUAACUUGCCCGAGGCUGCACAGCAUGAAAGUGAUAAGCUGGGAUUUGAACGUGGACCAUCUAGCUCUAAAGCCAGCCUCUUUCCACAACGCCAUGCUGUCUUCAGUGGCUGGGGGUUACCUCCAGGGCACAUUUAAACCAGACCCUGAAUCUAGAGGCCAUUUCCCAAGGUCCCAUGUCAUGGGGUGGCUGGGCCAGCACUGGCUACCACAGGUGGAAGUCUCAGAAUAGGGCUCAGUCAUCCCCCUGCCUGAUACCUUCUCUGUGCCCAGGUUUCAGGGUGGUGGUCCCUGUCGUCUGCCCGCCUCAUUAAAGUUGAGCACAAGUCUCUUUGUAUGGCCAGAGAAGUUCCCAGAGACCGGCUUUCUGAGGACACAUGCAGAAGGGAGCCCCACAGAGGAGCCCCCAGGAGUGAGGCUCGUGCAGCCAAAAUUGGUGAGGAGGGUCAUGGGACAGUCUGUUGUCGGUUGGGUCCCAGCUGGGGCUCCCCCAAGCAGGAGGAAUGAUGCUCCUCUCUUGGGCCCCAUCCUUGGGCACCCGUCUGGCUUCUACUGGGUGAGGUGGCCCCAGAGCCCACCUGGACUUCAGGAGCCAGAGGAAGGGCUGGCCUCUUCAGUAGCUGCUCCUCCGAGGGGUCCUACAUUUGGUGGAAUGUUCUUUGCGUUUGCCCCUCCAUUUCUGUUUUGCAAGCUGUCAGUGUCACCACCUGUGUUAGUCAGUCGCAUGAGGGAACUUCACUGAACAGAGCAACAGCUGCUUUAUGAGGUCAUGCAUCCUGUCAUGAGCUUUGGUGGAAAGGCUGGAGAACACUUUUGGCCAAGUGUGUCCUAAGGGGAUUCCACCCCCUGGAGGGGCCUGGGUAAGAUGACUGCUCUCCAGUUCCUUCUCUGUCAUUGUUGUCCCUCCCCUUUUCCAUGAGAUCAAGGUCAAGAGGCAAAUGGGACAACCCUCACCCUCUAUACUCUCCCCCAGAGAGAGACAAUCAUAUCUCCUUUCAGGGAUCCCCCAGGAUCUGAGGGAGAAAGGAACAGAGGGCAGGCUAGUGGCACUUGGCUGGAGAGGCAACAGGCCAUCUUCCAGCCCGUUCUAAAUGGAAGGCUUGGACGCCCGCCAGACCACUUGCAUAUGCUGGACUCCCUCCCGGGAGACGAGAGAUUCGCUGUCUGCACCGCUGCCGGAUUCCUUCCAGAGAAGUGGUACUCUGUCAGGAGCGUGACCUUCUGACCUUCCUUCAUUAUUGGUAGUGAUAUUAUUAAUAAUUAUUUAUCCUGCUGUCGUUUCUUGUGCAUCUUCCUGGUGCUGCUUGUAUUUGCAUCUCAUUUAUUUCUCAAGUCACCCCUCGGGGGCAGGAGUAAGGGUGCAGAGAACUGCACAUUUAUUGGCCAUUUUUCUGGUGAGAAAACUGAGGCCAGGCUAUGUGCCCGAGAACCCACAGCGGAGGAGCUAUGAUUGGGAUCUAACUCUGUUGGCUGUACAGGCUGGGUAGUCACCCUAUAGCUAGCUCCCUGUGUCCACGCUCGCCACGGUGAGUCCUCGGGAACUGUCCGUCCCAAGAUGGGCCUCUGAGGCUGGAGCUGUUCCAGUCCUGGAGAACGGAUUUGGAGUGUGAGCCCUGGAAAGGGCCAGGCAGCCAUAUUUAUCAGUCUCGGAACGUCGCAGCCUUAAGGGGCUUCAGAGAGCAUCGACUCAGGACCUUUAGUUUCGGGGAGGGCAGCUGGGCUACACGGUAAACUAGUGGAGCACCGACAAGACUCCGAUGCCUGGCUCAGGGCACCGUCUGUCUCCCAGAAUGCCGGGCAUUCGCCAGGGAGCUCCGGUGGCCCUGGGACAGGCAUCGUGCUCUCUGCCACCUGUCGCCUUGCCCCUUUUCCAUGUCCUGCAAAUGUCCUUUGUCCCCAGAGUGAGUCCUGGGUGGGCUGGACACCUGAGAUGCACUUCUCAGGGCCAAAGGGAGCAGCUGGAGCCUGAAUGCUCCGUGUCUGCCUGGUCCACCCCGCCCGCCCGCCCGCCAGCUCCACGGAACCCUGACCUUGGUCAUUCAAUGAGAGGGACAGAGGAAUUGAGCCCUGAGAUCCCAGAGGGCCAGAGUCUGUAAUCUCCAAGGAGAAAAGGAGGCCGCUCCCAGAAACCCACUUAACCAGAAUUACAUGGAGCCCAAAUGUUCCCUGCGAGGCACUUCUGAGAUCAGACCUUGAGCAUUUCCUUUCUUUUUUUCUAUUUUCUUUUUUUUGGGGGGGGGUGGGGUGCGGGGUGGGGAGAUGGUGGUUAAAGGACAAAAUAAUGCAAACCCUAGUGAUGGAAGAGACGAAGGAUUCCCCCAGAGUGAGAAAACGCUAGUUAUCAGGAACGUAAUGGAAUGGUCGAAAGUACAUAAAAUGGACUACAUCAAUUUUGGAAUGGAAGUCUGCCUUGUUGAUUCUGAGUCACGGUAAAAGUCAUAAACUGUUUUAUCAAGAUGGACAAUAAAAGCAGAGAAAGCUCUUGGAGAGGCUGGACAGGCGGCGCAGUACCUGGGACGUACAGUGCGGACAUGCGCCGGCCACGCCGCUCCAUCUCCAUGGGGGAAUCCAGACCCUCAUCCCUCUCCGAGGCCCCUGUACGUAGCUGAGCAGCCGCCGGUGGCCCCAGUGUCUGUCUUUCCCCAACAUCAUUAUCGGAGAAGCACUGCGUUUUCCGUUCAGAGCAUCGUCUCAGCAAUCCCCAUGGCUCUGACCUAGGCUCUAAUCUGUAAAUUGGCAGGGAAGGGACUUCCAACCUUUUACACUUGAGGAAACUGAGUCUCCGAGGGGUUUGGCAGUUACCAGGUCAGGGUGGUCAGCAGAGAAAGGGGUCUUGAGCCCAACACAUCUGUCUACAAAGUUUCAGAACCAUUGGGCCAGCGCUUCUCCAUGGGGGGAAAUUCUGUCCCCCCAGAGGACUUUUGGCAAAGUCUGGAGACAGUUUUGGUUUUCACAACUUGCAGGGGAGGAGGGAUGGUUCUAGUGGCAUCUAGUGGAUAGAAGCCAGUCAUACUGCUCGACAGCCUCCUCGACGACGAAUUCUCUGGCCCCCAAACACCAGUAGAGCCGAGGUUGGGAAACCCAGCGCUAGGCCAUACUGUCUCUGCUCCCCACACGAUGCUAUUUCCCCAAGGCCCGCGUGUCCCCAUUUGUGAGUUACUGAAUAAAUCAACAGCAACGAGCAUGAUCGCUGCCUCAAGUUCAGAGAGGCGCAGCCGAGGGCAGUGAUCUGGACUCGGGCAAGACUUGGAAAUCCCCUUGACUCCGUUUCCACUGUCUCGUGCUUUCAUGAGGAGCCCAGCCUGGAUGGAGAAAAGCCUACAGGGUGGGUGGGUGGGAGGGUAGGGCGGACGUUGUCCCAUGUCCCCCCACCAAUGCCUGCGAAGCACAGCUUAGGGGGAAGCUUACAAAGCGUGUGGUGGGGGCAGGAGGCUGCUUAACAGCCUUGGGGCAAGUCUACAUCUGCGCUGGUUUCUUUCUGACCCUUCCCCCGUGCCCCGCCCUGUUUCCCCCAGUUGACGGCUGCCUCACACACUUUCUACUACAAGUUUUACAGAAAACUUAUUCUUGUAACUAGCUGUCCCCCAGAUCCCAGUUCUGAGAGAAUCGGAACUGGUUCUGUGUUUUACUAACCUUUUCAUAAUCAACUUGUAAAUGUAAGUCGUUUACUGAAUAAAAAGGUAUUUUAGCUAUUCUCAUAGUCCUUUGCUACUCAAGCCCUCCGGUUUUGCGAUGAGAUUGAUCACUAACUUUGACUACGGUGAAAGGCUGUUUCUUAACAUAGGGUUUCAGUGCUCUUUUGAUUAAAAAUAUCUAACUUUAAUGGAUGUGAAAAUGUGACUGUGGAAUUGUGUCCCUGUGACUAUUAGCGCUGUCGGUGUUGUCAUCAUUUUUUAUUAUGAUAAUUAAAAGGAAAUAAUAACACCUAA